GUCAUGAGCUUGAGUUUGUCAAUUGUUUGACAGUUCAAUAAACUUUUGUUUGCUUGACUUAUUACCCGGUUACCAAAAAAAAAACAAGCGAUUUAUUCGAAAAAUGGCAGAUCCUAGGAUUCGGCAAAUUAAAAUAAAAACCGGCGUUGUAAAGCGCAUCGCAAAAGAAAAGGUGGUUUACGAAAAGGAAGCCGAGUUGCAGAAGAAUCGUAUACAAAAGUUGAAAGACGAAGGCCAAGACGAACACAACAUACGCAAGCAAGAGGAGGUUUUGCAAGAGUCCCUGAUGAUGGUCCCUGAUUGCCAGAGGCGGUUAGUAAAAGCAUUUGCAGACUUGAAGAAUACUUUAGAAACUGAACAAGACCUCAAAGAACACGAGGAUUACCUCGCAGCAGAGCAAGUGCUACAAGACGCCACACCGCAGCUGCCCGAUAUCACCGCAUAAUCAUUAUA